GUUGAGACCAAGCGCUAUGGCUGCACCUGAUGCAAACACUGAGCAGAUUCCUCGAUCAUACUCCCGCUGUCACAGUACUGACCAUGUCCAUUUGAAUGCGUUGAUUAGGAGAACUGUCCCAGAGCGAGUCUGUCUGUGCAUGGUCAUUGGAUGAACAAAAACCUCACUAGCGAGGUGUCGGUGGUCAUCACGUGACUAUGCUGAUCCGUCCAACGUUACCGCUCAACGGCUUUCUCAUGGACGAACUCCAGGUCUGGUAGAAAGUGAGCCAAUUUUGCAGAACGACCUCAGUGUUUGAGUCGCGACAAAGAUGAUGAACGAUACAUGAACUUAACGCGAAUAAUGCAGCAUCCUUGCUUCCUGUCAUUCCGCAAGGAUGCGCAAGACAUUAUUUCUCGUGUUCAUCCAUGGCUUCAAGGGUGGCGAUGACACCUUUGGAUCCUUUCCAGAACACCUUCGUGCGCUUGUCAGCCACGCUCUGCCCAACAUUGACGUCGUCGCCGUCACCUAUCCGAGAUUCGAGACACGGGGCGAGCUGAAAGACUGUGUGGCCCGUUUCAGAGAAUGGCUGCAGAAUAAAGUGAUCGAUCUGGAGGUCGCUCGACACACUCCGUCUCCGAUGAUCGACCCUUCGGUCCAUGUAAUGUUGAUCGGGCAUUCUAUGGGUGGCAUCGUCGCUGCUGAGACCUAUCUCCUUCUCGCAAACGAGCAGCCCAUUCCGCCAGCAUCUUCGCAACAAAACCCCAGCAAGCCGAAUUUUCCCUCCAACACGACUCUCAAUUCAACCACUUCCACUUCCCAUCCCACACCGUCUCCCACGUCCCAAUCACACAGCUUCAUGUUCCCGCAUAUUCAAGGCAUUCUAGCCUUCGACACUCCAUAUCUCGGCCUUGCGCCGGGCAUGGUCGCUCAUAGUCUCGAAGGAGGCGGCAAGACACUCGCAAGUGCUUACAAUACCUACAACGAAGUCUCGUCCAUUUUUGGCUGGGGCUCUAAGUCCGAGCCAAACGUCGCCUCGUCUGCUGGUAGGAGUGUCGCUGCUCUUCCUGCCCCUGCAUCGUCCACCGCUGACGCAGCGGCCGCACCAAAGUGGCAGUCCUGGGGCAAAUAUGCCAUGUUCGCGGGCGCUGCAGGCGCAGUCGUCGCUGGUGGCGCAGCGGCACUCUAUUCGCAACGUGAGAAGCUCAGCGUCGGAUGGCAAUGGGCGAGUGAUCACCUCCUUUUCGUGGGCGAGCUGUUCAAGCCGGAGUACCUACGUAAGCGAGUCGAAAACGUCGAGGAGGCGUUCAAGGAACGAGGUGGCGGAUGUGCAAAUCUCUAUACCAACUUGGGCAGAGGUGCACGGGAGGGCUACGGGAUUACUGCUAGUCUGGCUGGGAAAGAGCGGACGUUCUGCAACCUGCCUGUAUUUGUCACUAGGGAUGGCAAAGAGGUCAGGACAGAUGGAGGCGGAUUCCGAUGGGCGAAAGCUGUCAACGACAAAGCAAGCGACGAGACGACAGCACAUAUGUCCAUGUUUUUCCCGCGGGAUAACCCUGGCUUCUAUGCCCUCGGCGAGAAAGCGAAGGAGUGUUUGACUUCUUGGAUUGACCAGGGUUGGUACCAGGCGAGUCAUGGAUUAACUUUUCUAGGAAAAGAUCACGGCGUUACUUUUGGCGAAGUCGGAGAUGGUUGGGAAAAGCCUGAUUAUGACACCGAGGAGGUGAGAGCAAAAGAACGCGAACGGGAUCGAUAUGGGGCUGCAUACCCGGCGGACGCUGACCUAGCUAAGGACUGGGAUUCAGUGGCCAAGUACGGGGAAGAUUCGGAUGUGGAGAAUGAUGUUAGGAUGCGUGAUGAUGGACAUGAUGAUGAAGACCUGGCGGACAGUGUCAUAGUCGAUAAGGCGGCGCAGGGUGAUGUACCGUUGCCAAGGUCGAGAGGUGAUACCGGUCUCUGAAAUGAUGCUGAGGCAUGGGCUGUCAAACCAGGAUAGAAAGGAGAUAAACGAUAGCCGGGAUCCUUGCAUAGUGCAGUGGUAUUGUUCUGGGAUUGACGGUGGGCAGUGAGGCUAGAAGCCAGACCUCAACAGGGUGGCACGGUGUUGGCGUCAAAGGUCUGACUGAUUUUGUUCGUCGACACCGCAUAGUUCGGUGUUCUCUUCAUGUCCAUAUUUCUAUUUGUCGGGAUGUUCUAGCCUGUGCCAUUGGUCUCCUCGAUACCUGCCUUCUGGGGAAUCCUCUCUUGUCCUUCUUCGACCAUCCCUUCACAGCCGGUGACCUGCCCUGCUUCCUUCUCGACACUGCCGAGAAGCGUCGACUGUGUGGGUUGAUCUGAGGACUGGGCUUUGGCGUCUCGCAUUUCCUGAACGGCGGCUUCUUUGGUUUGUUGGCCGGACUCGUAGCCUAGGGCGGAAGACACAGCCCCUUGG